AUGGGAUUGACGGGAAGUAAAAAGAAGGAGAAUUCGAGUGAAGAAACGGAAAAAGAAGAAGUUUGUCAGCAGAGAAAUUAUGUGAGUUUUUUCUUGAAUUUUACAAGAAAAUUUGAAGAGAUUUAAUAAUUUUGGCUAAAAAUUUAGUGUCUGAAAAUUGAGUUUCAGAAAAAUAUUUUUAAAUAUUCUCUGGAGCUUCAGAAUCAGGCUUGGAAAUUAGGGCCGGGUCUAGAGCCUGGCCUUGAACCUGAAGCCCCUAGAUGGGCCCUAGCUCCCCAGGAGUUGAAAUUGCCGGCCUAAAAGUUUCCGGACUUUUUUAGAUCUGAAAUUCUUGAUUCUCUGAAUUUUCUUUGAAUCACCUUGGUCAAAAUUAUGGGAAAAUUACAGUACUCAGCUAAUGUUCCUUUAAAAAUCCAGAAAAUUGCAAGGUUUUGACUCUCGAUUGCUUUUUUGCCUAGAAAACCUAAUUAAUUUUGGAGCUGUUUAACAUUCCGUGAAAAAUUCAAAAUUUCAGCUUGAAAAUCGCAUUUUGGGUUCAAUUUCAGGUCUAAAAGUCCCAAAAAGCCCUAAUUUCGGUCCUAAAACCCUAAUUUUGGGCCCAGUUUCAGCCUAAGAAAAUCCUACCCGAAAAAAUUCAAAUUUUCCCCCCAAAAUGUCCAUAGAAUUCUAAAUGUUCCUCUCUCAGAUUGCUCGAACUCGUGCUCGACCCGAUGACAUGAUCGCAAAAUACACGGAGAUCUUUCGAACCAAAGGAGUUCUACCCGAAUUUUUUCUAGUCCACGAAUCGAAAAGGUUAGCCCCCUUUGCUCAAUUUUUGCUCAAUUUUUGCUCAUCCACAAUUAAUUUUUCCAGCAGUCAAUAUGUUGAUGAAGACGGCGAUGUGGCCAAUGAAUUCUAUCAGGAGACAAUCAGCGACGGCGAAAAACACAGAUUAUGUCGGCUGAUGAAGAAUUUGAGGCCGAAAGGCAAGGAGCGCUAUAAAAUUCCGCGUCUUAAACCCGAUUUGCCAGUGGUGUUAUGGGAAAUUGGAACGAAUCAGUGA